UUUUUGUUUUGCUCUUUACGCGUUAGCACCGAAAUAUAAUAAAACCUCAAAUUAAAUAAAUAAAUUCUACUGCUAAAAGUGUUUAUUAAAAAAAAUAUAUAUAAAACCAAAAAAUAAAGUAAUUAAUAACGAAAAAAAAAUUGCCACAUUUAUAAUUCAAAAGCAAAAAAUAACUCUUGAUUGGAAUUUCACCAGAAAGGUUUCAAUUCAAAUACAAAUUAAACCAGAACAAAAAUUUUCCUCUCAAAAAUAAAUUAAGCCCCAAAAGAAGCCAAAAACUAUCAGCAACAACAUCAUUAUCAUCAUUAGUGACAAGUGACUAAAUAAAAAUAAAACAGAAUUUAUAUACAAACGAAGAAGAGUAAAAAUUAUAUAAAAAAAUAUAAAGUAUUAAAAGAUGCCUUCCACGUCAACCACUACAUUACCAACGUUCGAAGAAAUUCUGGAAACGGCGAAAACGACAUUUCGUCAAAAUUUUGGCCAUGAGCCAGAAUUGGCCUGUUGUGCACCGGGACGUGUUAAUUUGAUUGGUGAACAUGUUGAUUACAAUGAUGGUUAUGUUUUGCCAAUGGCUUUGCCAAUGGUAACGGUGAUUGUGGGAGGUAAAGUUGGCGGUGCAACUGGUAAUGAAGUCGACAUAAUUACCUGCUGUCCUGGAGCCGAUGAACCCAGGCGUAGAAAAUUUUCUUUAGUUAAUUUACAAGCUGGUGAAAAACCAAAAUGGUCAAACUAUAUAAAAGGUGUAAUUCAUAGUUUCAUGGAAACCGUUGUUGGCGUUACUACUACGGCUGGCAGUGGUAAUGGUGGUAAUAUAUUCAUUGGUUUUAAUGCGGUCAUUGUGAGUAAUGUGCCAGUUGGGGCUGGUUUAUCGUCCAGUGCUGCCAUUGAAAUGGCCACAUUGACAUUUCUAGAACAUUUUACCGGUCACAAGGUGGAAAGUGAUGCCAAGCGUGCCUUGAUUUGCCAGGCAGCUGAGCAUAAAUUUGUUGGUAUGCCCUGCGGCAUCAUGGAUCAAAUGAUUUCUGUGGCUGGACAAAAGGAUCAUGCCUUAAUGUUAGAUUGUCGCUCUUUGGAAACAUUCCAAAUUCCAUUUGUUGCCGGUGAAAAGGAUCUCGUGGUUUUAAUUUGCAAUUCAGAUGUGCGGCAUGAGUUAUCCGACAGUGAAUAUCCAACAAGGCGAAAACAAUGCUUGGAGGCACUCAAGUUAAUGGGACUGAAGAGCUAUAGAGAUGCAACAGAAGGCAACUUGUCAGCCUUACAACGUAAUGUCAAAUGUGAGGAGGUUUUGGUAAAACGGGCACGUCAUGUUAUUACGGAAAUUAAGCGAACACUAGAGGCUGCUGAUGCAUUGAAAAACCAUGAUUUUAAAAAGAUGGGUGAACUAAUGACAAAGUCACAUGUGUCACUACGUGAUGAUUUUCAAGUAUCAUGCAUAGAACUGGAUGUUCUUGUCGAUGCGGCCAUUAAUUGUUCUGGUGUUUUGGGAUCACGUAUGACUGGCGGUGGCUUUGGUGGCUGUACUGUAACACUAUUGCAACGCAAUGCUGUUGAUAAUGUUGUUGCCACAAUGCGUGAGAAUUUCAUUAAGAAAUUCAAUAAAACUGCUGCUGAUGGUAUUGAAUUUUAUAUUUGCACACCAAGUCAAGGAGCUAGAAAAAUACAAUUGUAAAUAAAAGUAGCAACUGUGAUGGGCCACCACCAACCAGCACACGCAGUUAAAAGUGGUUGAAAAAAUUAAUAUAUAAAAUUGAAUGGUUUAAGUAAAAUGUUUUUUUUUUUUUUUGAAGAGUAAAUUUAUUUCUAUGCAUUUAAGUUAGUAUGUAAAUGGUCUAAAUGUAAUUAUUUGUGUAUUAGUUUAAAAUUGUCAUUUGAAAAGUAAAAAAAUAAAACAUUUAAAAAAUGUA